UGGGAGAACCUGGCGCUUUCGUGCCACGAGAAUUUCCACAUUUCUUGAACGCGAUAUUUGUAAAUAUGGACAAGGAGAACUAUGUCUAUGUAGGUUUGCCUCAGAAGCAGAAGGCGAUGGAGGGCCCAGGGCGAGGAGCUCUGCCAAGCUGGGAGUGUUGCAGCAGCCCUGCUGCCUGGGUCACAGCGAGCAAGGAUGUUUUUACAUGGCGCCUGCUGAAGACCAUCUCCAUGGGCCAGGCGCUGUCUCUGCUCAUCUGUGGGACGGCCGUAAGCUGCCAGUACCUGGCGGAGGCCGGCGUGGAGACGCCCAUGAUGCAGAGCUUCCUCAACUACACUCUGCUUCUGCUCACCUACACCGCUGCCCUCUGCUGCCGGAAGGGUGAUGGGAACAUCUGGCAGAUUUUGAAGACCAGAUGGUGGAAGUAUCUGUUAAUGGGUCUGACAGAUGUGGAGGCAAACUAUGCAGUAGUGAAGGCCUACCAGUUCACCACCCUGACCAGCAUACAGCUUCUGGACUGUUUUGUGAUCCCCGUAUUGAUGGUGCUCUCCUGGUUCUUCCUGAAGACGCGCUAUAGGCCGGUUCACUUUGUGGGUGUGGCUGUGUGUCUGCUGGGGGUGGGGGCCAUGGUGGGGGCAGAUCUGCUGGCCGGACGAGACCAGGGAUCUACCCAUGCUGUGCUGCUAGGGGACGGGCUGGUGCUGGUGAGCGCAGUGCUGUACGCCGUCUCUAACGUGUGUCAGGAGUACACCGUGAAGAACCUGGGCCGUGUCGAGUUCCUGGGCAUGAUGGGCCUGUUUGGAACCGCCAUCAGCGGAGUACAGCUAGUUGUGCUGGAAACUAACGCAGUAGCAGCGAUAAAAUGGGAUUUAAAAAUAGCCGGGCUGUUUGUGGCCUACGCCCUGUGCAUGUACGGUCUGUACAGCUGCAUGCCACUGGUGGUGAAGAUGACCAGCGCCACGGCCCUCAACCUGUCUCUGCUCACCGCUGACCUCUUCAGCCUCUUCUGUGGACUGUUCCUCUUCCACUACACCUUCUCCAGCCUGUACAUCGUAUCCUUCGUGGUGAUCACGGUGGGAUUCAUCAUGUUCAACGCCGUGCCCACCCACGGCCCUCACCCCCCUCCCGUACCUGAAGAGGAGGACAAGACGCCCAGCGAAGAGGAGGUGAGGGGUGGGGAGCAGGAGGAGGUGAGCCCCCCUGGCCUGCAGGAGGAGGAGGGGGACAAACUGCAGUGA